AUGGCCGCUGACAGCCGCUCUCCGCGCGACGGCAAGCACCUUGAGGUCCUCGGCUACUACAACCCGCUCCCUGGCAAGGAUGGAGGCAAGAGGAUGGGCCUGAAAUUCGACCGGGUGAAGUAUUGGCUGUCAAUUGGGGCACCAUCAGAUCCUGUGCAGAGUAUUCUCUUUGGUGCCAGACUUCUGCCACCACCUCCAAUGCUAGCUAUGGCACGGAAGAGUGGGCCACGUGAUAGGCGCCCCAUUCAUCCAAUGACUGGGCGCCCCCUUGGAUCUUGA